CAAGGGCUCUCCGCUCGUAGCUGCCACCGCUGCCUCCGUCGGGGAGACCGAGUGCUCGACGCCGCCGCCAUGCCCAAGUGCCCCAAGUGCCAGAAGGAGGUGUACUUCGCUGAGAAAGUCACUUCCCUGGGAAAAGACUGGCAUCGGCCGUGCUUGAAGUGCGAAAAAUGCAGCAAGACCCUGACUGCAGGUGGCCAUGCGGAGCAUGAUGGGAAGCCUUAUUGCAACCACCCUUGCUAUGCUGCCUUGUUUGGACCAAAAGGGUUUGGUCGUGGAGGGGCUGAAAGCCACACCUUCAAAUGAAGUUCAGGGCUGGAAGGAUGGAAUUGGCUGUGGAUUCCAGCAGUUUCACAAAUCAUAAUAGCCGCAAUGUGCCUCCCCCCCACCCCAAACAUGUAGCAAGCUAGCUUAUUAUGAAGGCUUUCAAAAGAAGCAUCAUGCUAGAUAACUGGGAGAUUUCCUGCUCUGUAUAAAUGGAAACAUACUUUGAGGUGGAGACCAGAAUCUUUUUUCCUAAUUUUAACACCGAGAUUCUUGGAAAUGAAUUCCUGCCCAAAGCCUAGCCCUGCUUUUAGACUCUGCUGUCCAUGAUGAUGAUUGUGUCUCAGUAAUAAAAUAUUGAUUUGAA